CUGCCUUCGAAGUAGACUUGAAUAGAAUACCAAGAACAAAAAGCCAAGGUUAAAAAGGGUGUUGUCUUAUGCAUAUAAAUAUUCCUCUAGUUGAACAAUUCAAGUUCAUCAUAGCUAGCUAAGUCCUUUUAGUCAGAAACAUUCAUUUUUUGGUUUUCUUUUUAAGAACUGCAAAAUUCUCGUAAUUGGUAUCUAGCUCCCUAAAGUUUAUUAAGUCCCAGAUAAGGGUUUUCUUGCUAGGAUUUGGAACCUAUUUGUGGCACUUCAUGGCUCUCUCUCGAGUACUUGCUAUACUCAUUCUUCAGUACUCAUUGGUGGCACUGGUUUCUUCAUCUGGUGGUUCACGAGGUGGCUGGAAAACAUUGCAAGGAUCUCCACCACUGGUGAUAGCACGUGGUGGAUUUUCAGGGAUAUUUCCAGAUUCAAGUUCACUAUCCUAUGGUUUGGCACUAGACACUAGUGGCCCAAAUGUGACUCUAUGGUGUGAUGUGCAAUUGACAAAGGAUGGAGUUGGGAUUUGCUUCCCAGAGCCCAAGCUGGACAAUGCCACUGACAUUUUCAUUGCUUACCCUCGCAAGCAAAAGGAUUACUCACUUAAUGGGGUCUCAACCCGGGGAUGGUUUUCUGUGGAUUACAACUUUGAUCAACUAGCAAAUGUCUCUCUUGUUCAGGGAGUGUACUCUCGGACUAAUAAGUUUGAUGGCAACAAGCUUCGCAUUCUAACUGUUGAAGAAGUAGCUAAAUUAAGAAAAUCACCAUCUACAGGCCUGUGGUUAAAUGUUCAGCAUGAUUCAUUCUUCAAGCAACAAAAUUUGAGUGUAGAAAAUUUUCUACAAACUCUCUCUACUAAAAGUGUAUCUAUCAACUACAUCUCAUCACCUGAUGUGGAUUUCUUAAGAAGAGUAAAAUCAAGCUUUAGUCCUGGAACAACCAACCUGGUCUUCAGGAUUCUAGAGCAAUCUAUGAUUGAACCUACAACCAAUCAUACUUAUGGUGAACUCUUGAAAAAUCUUGCGUUUAUCAAGACAUUUGCUUCAGGAAUUCUUGUUCCUAAGGGCUAUAUAUGGCCUUUGGACUCAGGCCUUUAUCUACAACCACAUACCCCUCUUGUCACAAAUGCUCAUAAAGAAGGGUUGCAAGUUUUUGUAUCAGACCUUAUCAAUGAUGUUCCAUUUAGCUACAAUUUCAGUUAUGAUCCUCUGGCUGAGUUAUUAGCUUUCACUGAUGGUGGUGAUUUCUCUGCUGAUGGUGUGCUGUCUGACUUCCCAGUAACUCCAUCUGCAGCCAUAAAUUGUUUUUCUGGUCUAGGGAAAAAUGCCAAAAAACAAGUGGAGACUUUGGUUAUCACAAAAUAUGGAGCAAGUGGAGGCAUAUAUCCUGCUUGUACUGAUCUUGCAUAUAAGAAAGCUAAAUCAGAUGGGGCAGAUGUACUUGACUGUCCUGUUCAAAUGUCCAAGGAUGGCACACCCUUUUGCUUAAGCUCUAUAGAUCUUUCAGAGAGCACAACAGUUUCUAACACAAAAUUCAAAAACCGUGCAACAACUAAUCGGGAGCUUAAAAAUGGAAGUGGCAUAUAUACAUUCAGCUUGACAUGGGAUGAGAUAAAAACAUUGACACCCUCAAUAUUGAACCCUUAUAAGAAAUACUUACUGUCCCGGAAUCCAAAAUUCAAAAAUCAAGGAAAACUUUUAACCUUGUCUGAUUUUUUGAUCUUGACUGAAGGCUCUCGCAUCUUGAUCAGCAUAGAGAAUGCUGCCUAUCUUGCACAGAAGCAGAAAUUAAGUGUGACCAAUGCAGUCCUUAAUGCUUUACAGAAAGCAAAACCAAGAUCACAUAAAGUCAUGAUUCAGUCAACUCAUAGCUCUGUGCUUAAAAUAUUCAAAGAUAAAUCCAAAUAUGAAAGGGUUUACAAGAUUGAUGAGAAUAUUCGCGAUGCCACUGACUCAGCAAUUAAGGAAAUCAAAACAUUUGCUGAUUCUGUGGUAAUAGGAAAGACAUCAGUUUUUCCUGAAACUGAAGCUUUUCUAGUUAGCUCUACAAACACUGUGACAAGGCUAAAAUCAUUUAAGAUCCCAGUUUAUGUAGAAACAUUCAGCAAUGAAUUUGUGUCUCAAGCAUGGGACUACUACUCAGAUGCAUCUAUUGAGAUAAAUUCAUUUGUCAUUGGACUCGAGGUUAAUGGCAUUAUCACUGACUUCCCUAAGACAGCUGAUAGAUACAGGAGGAACUUGUGUUUAAAGCAUAGUAAAAAAGCACCUUAUAUGAGACCUAUUGAACCUGGCAAACUCUUACAACAAAUUUCUAAGUUAUACUUUCCAUCACUUCCCCCUACACUCCCCGUGUUGACUAAAAAUAAUGUGACAGAGACACCUUUGCCUGGUAUUUCUAGAAGAGUUCCAACUACCAAAGGUGCUGCUGCAGUAGGAACUGUAGCUCCUGCCUCCAUCACAACAUAAAUAAAAGUAAACAAGAAAACCCAGUGUAGCAUUCAUGCAUGCCAUUGCCUCGUGAACUCCAUAAUUGGGAAAGGAAUUAAAGGAUUUAUUUAUAGGAGAAGUAUUAUUUUUUCUAAUAAAUUGAACUUUAGAGUUGUUAUGACUUAUGAUAGUUGCUAUUGUAAGAUGCUAUGAUCCUUAUAGUUUUUUUUUUUUUAAUUGGGAUGCAUAAGUUAACAAGUUUUUGGAGAAAUU